CUAAAAGUAAAACAAAAUGUCGAUUAAGCUGAGUCGCAAAGGGACAAAAGCGCCAGUGAGUGGAUAAGCCCAGUCUUGCUUAUUCAGCAUAUUUUUGUACUCGAGCCACAGAGAAGACCGAGAGAAGAAUAAGGUUAUGCAAUGGCAUCAGCUGCUAUCUUACGAAGUGAAAACCUUCAAACCCUGAUUGUUACGCAAAUUUCUCCAGAUGCUGUGAAAAACAGAAACAAAAAAUCAGUGAUAAUCAGAGAAACUUGUUAUGCAGUAUGUGCUCUUUURAACAGUGUGCAAGGUGGGAAUAUCAAACUGUCCUCUAACCAAACGUUAACUCCAAACCUACUAGACGAGCUUGUUCGGUCAAUUGAGCAAAGUUUGAUUGAAUUCAUUGGCUUGACAAAUCUUCGUGCGCUUUGCCAAGUGAAAAUUACUGACAGUAGGAAGGAAAUCACCUUUACUGUAAAACCAAGUGGUCGAYUGUUUACAGUUAGUUACAAUUUGGCAUUGCCUACUAAUUUUCUCGUGAGGGAAGUACUUAAGUCUGAACCAUUGGUGAACAUUGCUCGUCUGUUAAAAUGCGGUCCAUUAAUCAGUUCAAAUCUACAAAACUUUGACAAAGUGUUUCAGAAAGACAACUUUUUGUUUAAUUUGACGGAAUCGGAUACCGUGCAAUUUAAGAAAGURAAAUCCGAUAGAAAUAAGAACAAAUCAYUGGCAGAUCGCAUYAUUGCCAACAAGGUAACUCACUACGUAUCUGCGUUUGCAAACCACAGGGGUGGGCAUGUGUAUAUUGGUAUUGAUGAUGAAACGUACAAAGUAUGUGGGCAAAAUGUUGAUGAUGAAGAGAAACAGAGAAUCGUAGAGAGAGUAGACUCUGCAAUCAAGAAUAUGGUAUGGCCAGAGGAGCAUGGCGAACCUGAACGUGGAAAUCACUGGGAUAUCUCGUUCAUUCCUGUAGUGGGGGAGUCUAWGGAAGAGAUUCCWGGACUGUUUGUUAUAGUGAUUUCAAUAGCACACUGUCCCGGUGGAGUCUUUCUAACACACCCYGAGACCUAUGUAAUAGRUGAUAAUAAAGUAGCUAGGAUGGAAUUCGAUCAGUGGAAAAAAAGAGUCUUACACGACGCACACAUGAAUGAUAUUGUAAAGUUUUGCCGAGAAAAUGGUUGGCCCGAAACCAGGGGUACCAAUACCCGAUUAAUAAGUGCAAGCCCUGACGUUGAAGAUUCAGAGGGUACCCAACCUAAUGUGAACGGCUCUGUGGAAUAUACAACUAUUCCUACAUCUAUCGGACGAGUCGUUUCACGAAAUACGAAGUCAUCAAUCAUGUGUCUGAGGAUAACAGAUAUAUUGGAGAGAUUCAUACAAGACGGUAACUUUGAUAAAGUUCAAAAUUUAGCAUCAAAGAUUUGCAGCAUCAAGAGCGAGACCUUUCGCAAAGCGGAUGUUGAAGUUGCAACCCGUUUUAUGCUUGCCCUCGGGGCUUAUCGAAGGCGAAGUUUUACAGAGGCUUAUCAGGAAUUAAGUAAAGCAAGCGCUCUCAUGGCUUCAACUGAGAACGCAGUGGAAUUCGAGAUACAAAAGAUUCAUUUACUAGCUUGUUUUUGUAGAGGGGAAGGUCAUUAUGACAAGAGCUAUGAAGUAACYUCUGGUGGGCUUCAAAAACUUGAAAGCAUCACCCCUGGGUGGCACUCRGCAUGGAUGCUAAACGAUGCUGGUUAUUUGUUCAGCAUUUUAGCUGGAGAWGAACGAAAUGAAGAAGUCCGUAAAUCRCUUAAAAAACAAGCAAURGGGUUAUACACCCAAGCUAUCGAGCACGCAACGCAAUUUGGAAAAGAUACGAAAAUGUCACAUAAAGYCUUGACCGCAAAGUCAAAUCUUUUGCACCGUUGUCAUCUUCGACUUGCAAUGUUGCUWCUUGGAUGCGCCCCAAUUGCCGAGAAAGACGACGAUUUUAGAGAAGUCACUUGUGACGAUCUGGAUAACGCUGUUGUUCACAUACUGUCUGUAGAAGAAAGUGUUAUGAAAGGCGACUCCAUUACAGAAGUGAAUGACUGUUACUUGAGCCUUGCAAAAUCAGACAUCAAUUAUCGUAACUCACAGAUUAUUUCAGAACUAGGGGAAGAAUACCACAAAAAAGCCGUAGAAUGGGCUACAAAAGCACUAUCCGUUGCAAAAMAUCUCAAGUUUCCUGGAAUACUGAAAUACGCCCAAAGUCGCCUAGAUGGUCGUCUAUCAAAAUUUCGGUGUAGAAGAGGUGUUGAGGACGAACUACUUGAAGAUUUGGGAAACUGAAAGGAAGCAGAUAAUUGUUUUUUUUUUUGUCAACACAUUACAUUGAAGAUUCCUAUACUGACGUAAAUAUGCACGUCAGCGUAACUGAUAAACAGGAAAAAUAGCCCACAUAAGACUAGACUUCCCAUAAGUCGGACUCUCAUUGGAUUGAAAAAGAAGAGGAAGAACUAGAAAACCGAGCGUGAAGCGCGAGGAAAAAAAGGGAGCGUUUGGGGCUAUAAGGGACUUGUCCCCAAGAGCGAUGACACUGAAACACUUCUCCACAUGAGGACACAGGCAACCCAAGCAAAGCAUUUGAUUCAAAUGCUUUGCUUGGGUUGCCUGUGAUGAGGAUAGAUAAUUUACCAAACCUUAAUUUACCAAAUUCCUUGAUAMCAAAUUUUAUUUCAAUUAUUAAAUCUAAUUGCAAUUUACAGGGCAAACCGGAUGACAAAUUUCUAAUAGUUUUUCUAAAACAACCCGACUUUCUUGUCUACUAAGCAAACCGUCCUAUUUAUUUUCCAAAAACAGUUUUUAUAUCGUUUAGAUAUUUCUUUGCAUAUGGCACAGCUGAAAUGUUUCUGACAAUUCAUUAGUAAGAAAGGAAUGAUGGCCACUUGUGAUAUCUAGAUUUCUUCAUUAUGUGAAGAAUACAUUUUCAUCAUUUUAUUGUGCUAUAAGAAAMUUCAUAUAUAUUUGGCUGUGUUUAGGGGCCUGCCAAGAGAGAGCAAGCUGCACYGUUUAAAACAAUAAAACCUUCAAUACAAUUUACUCCACACAACUGCAAUUUAAUCUCCAGAAUAUAAUCUGGAAAACGAUCACCUUAUCUGCAAGGGAUGUUGAAAGUUAUUUUCAAAAACGAUAACCCUUG